AUGAUCAGGCCAGCCUUAAAUCUUCAAUUGAAUACUCCCAAUUUACCAGUGCAUACACAACCACGAGCUGAUCAAAGAAUUGUUCAACAAUCAAAAAAUAAUGAUAACAUCACCAACAUCAAUAUUGCUAUUCCAAACCAUAAUCAAUCUACAUCAAGAACAAUUUCUUCGCCUGUUGCUCAAAUCAAUCCAUCAACUCUAAAAAAUGAAAACGAUAAUAACAAUUCAUCAAAUGGUGAUACAAUUGAGACAAUUAAACCAGAAGAAGCUGCUGCUAUUCUUGAUGUUAUUAGAGAACUUGAUGCUAGGGCCCGUAAAAAAAGAAUUCAAUGCCCUGAAAUUACCUAUCUUACUGAUGAAGAAAAAGCAAUAAUUCAUGAAAAAUUAGAUUUAUUAAAACCAAUGUUCAAUGUAGUUGACAAAGUACUUCCUUACUUUUAUUACUAUACCAAAUCUCAACCUGGCACACAGCGACUUCUCAUCAUGAAAUAUAUGAUUGAUGACCAAUUAAAAGCAUUGCCCGGUAAAUACUUGCUUUCAUUGAAAGCAGUAGAUUGUUUUUUGGUACAAUUCAGCAAAUAUUUUGUAUUUGUUGAAGCUAGGCGAAAAAGCACAAGCAAUUUUGUCACUACAAAUGUUCAAAAUCAAAUAAUACCUCUUAUGACCAAGAUAGCCAUUCCAUCAACCCUUCUAACUCCAAAGCAUUCUUCUGAUCUUACUAUUAAUAUUAAUAUGAUGAAGCGUAAUCUUGAAAAUCAAAAUGAACAACAGGAAGGUAGCCCUUUAUCUUCACAUGGUAAUUACAAUUCAAGCAAAAAGAGGAUAUUGGAGAGUCGUGUUUCUGUUAAGGAUGGAAUCAACAAUAAUAGUAGUGGUGGUAAUAACGUUAAUACCGAUAUCAAUGUCGAUUUUGAAUGUGACGAAACAACAAACUUACCUAAAGAUUAUGUUAAGGAAGCAAAAUUUGAUGAAUCACUAAAAAAACACGAAAUUGGCAGUUAA